UUGAAAAUUAUUUAUCAAAAUGGGUUUUUUUUAAACUAAUUUUUUCUCACUCCUAAUCUUUUUGGAUAAAAUAAUUUCUUUUCAAAAAUAUGUUAUUUAACAUGAGUUAAAGGAAAAUUUAUAGUUCAAUUAAAAAACAAUUCGUGUGACUUUGAAAAAAUUAUUUGAAUGUUAUUUAAAUUUUUUAUUAAUAUUUAUAUUUAUUUGAAUGUUAUCUAUGAGGGACAUGGUGGACCGGAGACGUCAAGAUUCGUUAACGAGAAUCUGUUUGCUAAUCUCAAGAGAUUUGCGUCUGAGGAUCAAGAUAUGUCUGCGAAUGUUAUCAAGAUAUGAGUUUCUUUCGGUUGUAAGAGAACAAUGGCGGAUAUGCCCGCAAAUAGAGUCUGUGGGGACGUGCUGUUCGGUUGUAAGAGAACAAUUGCGAAUGCUGGAGAUUUGAGAGUGGUGUUAGGGAGAGCUGAUCGAGAAUGCAGGCGGUGAACGGUUAAAAAGCCAGAAGUCGAAGGUUACCGAAAUUCAAAAUGUGCUGAUUUGGCAAAUUUGGUAAACGUGGCGGCUCUCAAGGUGGCAAUGGACGGUGCAAAAUCGGUUGGGAAUGCUUUUAUUCAGCAGUAUUAUCAUAUACUGCACCAGUCACCUGGGUUGGUUCAUCGUUUUUAUCAGGAUAUCAGUAAACUUGGUCGGCCCGAGGAAGAUGGUUCUAUGAGCAUAACCACUAUUAUGGAUGCUAUCAAUGCUAAAAUCUUGUCACUUAACUAUGGUGACUUCAAGGCUGAGAUCAAAUCCGUUGAUGCUCAAGAAUCCCUAAACGGUGGAGUCAGCGUUCUGGUAACUGGAUACAUGACUGGAAUGGAUAAUAUUCAGCAGCAGUUCACACAAUUUUUCUUCCUCGCACCUCAAGACAAAGGCUACUUUGUGUUGAAUGACAUGUUUCGCUACAUGAACAUUGACAACCAUCAUGACGAAGACCAUGCUCCUACUGAGGAUGUGGUGGCUUCCGCAACUCCCGAGCAAGUGUCCGAGCUUGUUCCGGUGCCGGAGAAUAAUAUUCCCGAGAAAGUUGCUGUACUGACAGAGGAAUCUGAAGUGGAACCGGCUGUUCUUGUGGAGAAUGGAGAAGUUCCCGUUGUUGAGGAAGACCCGGUUCCCGAGGUUGUUGAUGAAGUGCAGGAUUCUUCACAGCUGGCAGUUGAAUCUCACACUAAAGUUGAGGAAAUGCCAAAGAAGUCGUAUGCAUCUAUUGUAAUGGAUAUGAAACAGAAUGGUGUGUCGUUUUCAUCUCCAGCACCAGCACCCAGAAAACCACAACCAAGGAAACAAGAACAACAUUUGAAAAUCGCUCUCCCAACUACUGUAGCUGCCGAGCCAGUGGCUUCCAAUGCGGAUGCUGUUGAAAACACUCUUCACGAGGAAGAAGGUAUUCUUACAUUAGCUGUUGAAGUUGGGCAUUUUAGUAAUUACUAUAUCAUAUUUGGAAUCAUUUUCGGAGUAAAUGUCAUUUUCGUCCAAUGUCUUACAAUAUUUAUUAUAUGUUUGAUUUGUAUUUUUUAUUGGACCGUUGAAGGUUACUCUGUGUAUAUCAAGGGUCUUCCAAUGAAUGCUACACAUGCAUUGUUAGAAGAGGAAUUCAAGAAGUUUGGACCUAUCAAGCCCAAUGGUAUUCAAAUUCGAAACAACAGGGGAUUCUAUUUUGGUUUCGUUGAAUUUGAGGUGCCAGAUGCGGUUCAAAAGGCGAUUGAGGCUUCACCGAUCAUGAUCAAUGGAAAAAAUGCUGUUGUUGAAGAGAAGCGAUCUACAAUCUCUAAAGCUGUAAAGAACAGAGUUUACUGUUGUCUCUUGCUUGCUUCAGUCUCUAUAAGUACUUCAUCAAGCUCAACACUCUACAAACCCUCAACUACACUCAACUGACUUACUGCUUUUACAUCUACUGUUGUCUGAAAGAGAGCAUGCUUGCUUCAGUCUCUACAAAUACUUCAUCAAGCUCAACACUCUACAAACACUCAACUGAGACGAAUUAAACUUUCAAAUUAAUAUAUUGACUCUUUGCAUCUGGAUCUUGCGUUGUUUCUCGGCUCUCACAUCAAGGUUUCACAUUUUUUGUCGUCUGUAACAAAAUUCUGCCUCUUGCAUUGUUGUAAGUUCUUCUAAAUUUCUUGGUUUUUUUGUAACUUUUAACUGUGGCUUUUAACUUUAGAAGGUUGUAAAUGUUGAAAUAACUGUGGU